AUGCAGGACGCCUGGACUGCCCGCAAAGCUGAGGAGAUCCAAGGGUACGCGGACCGCAACGAAUGGAAGAACAUCUUCUCUGCGAUCAAAGCUGUCUACGGUCCGCCGACGAAGGAUACUGCUCCUCUCCUCAGCGCCGACGGUAGCACUCUUCUGACUGAGAAAACGCAAAUCCUACAGUGAUGGGCCGAGCAUUUCCGAGGCGUCCUCAACCGCCCCUCCGUCAUCUCCGACGCCGCCAUCGAGCGUCUGCCGCAAGUGGAGACCAACGUGGACCUCGACCUCCCGCCAUCUAUCCAGGAGACCAUCAGGGCCGUCCAGCAGCUCUCCAGCGGGAAGGCACCCGGAUCGGACGCAAUCCCUGCUGAUGUCUACAAGCACGGAGGUCCCCAACUGCUGGAUCACCUGAUUGCGCUCUUCCAGGAGAUGUGGCGUCAAGGCGAAGUCCCACAAGAUUUCAAGGACGCAACCAUCGUGCAUGUCUACAAGCGUAAAAGGCAAUCGCUAAAUCUGCGACAAUCACCGUGGCAUCUCCCUGCUAAACAUCGCCGGGAAGAUCUUCGCUCGCAUCAUUCUCAACCGCCUCAAUAA